CACCCUAACAGACAUGGUGUCACACAUGGGUGAGAAGGUCGGGCUUGUGCAUCAAAUGCCCUUCGUUUGCGACAGGGACGGAUUUCCUAGUGUUCUUGAAAAGGUUUACUUCGGGACGUGCGUGGCGCGGAUUUAUUUGGCGGCGGAUUUGCUGGGCAUCAACUCCGUGACGGGCAUGUCGUGCAUUUUCCGCAAGUCAAUCGUGGACGAACUCGGGGGAUUGAAGGCGUUCGGCUGUUACCUGGCCGAGGACUAUUUCCUGGGACUAGGCAUUCAGAAGAAGGGGUUCAAGCUUCGGGUCACGUCGCAACCCGCGUGGCAGAACCCCGGGCCGAGUGAUAUUCCGUCGUUCCAGGCCCGGAUACGAAGGCAUGUGUUGUACAUUUCGCGGAAUGAUGGAUUCUUUUCUCACGAAAAUAACACUUUUACUUAUUGCAGGUGGACCCAGCUUAGGAUAGCCAUGGUGCCCACGACGAUAUUGCUAGAGCCCCUGCAAGAAUGUGUGGUGCUGGGGUUGUGCACGGCCUGGGCCGGGCACGCCCUGUUCCACUGGGACCCGCUCGUGUUCUUCCUGGUCCACUCCUUGUCAUGGUUCCUGCUCGACUACUGCCUCCUCACGUCCGUCAACGGAGACUGGCUCACCUUUUCCAAGUCCGAGUUCCUGCUUGCCUGGCUGUUUCGCGAAUUCGACGCGUUCCGCCAAUUCCUUCAG